GCCCUGUUUCGAGUCGUUCGGCUUUGCGUUUCGUCGUGUGUUGAAGCACUUUACACACUUCAGAGCGAAAAGGAUAUCUGCUGGUUAUACUGUGUUGAAUUUGCUGAGAAACAACCGGUAGCUCGACGAGACUGCAAAGCCACCUGAUCCCUGCUCUGUUUUGUAGUGCAUUACCCAACACCAUAACCCAAACAACGAUGGCAGAAGCUGAUAUGCCCACGUUCAAAUGCGUCCUGGUCGGCGACGGUGGUACCGGCAAAACGACAUUCGUCAAACGGCACAUGACGGGCGAGUUCGAGAAAAAGUAUGUGGCCACCCUCGGCGUCGAAGUGCACCCGCUGGUGUUCCACACGAACCGUGGCGCCAUUCGGUUCAACGUGUGGGAUACUGCCGGACAGGAAAAGUUCGGAGGCUUGCGCGAUGGCUACUACAUCCAGGGACAGUGUGCCAUCAUCAUGUUCGACGUGACUUCGCGCGUGACGUACAAAAACGUUCCGAACUGGCACCGAGAUCUGGUGCGAGUGUGCGAAAACAUACCGAUCGUCCUGUGCGGCAACAAGGUAGACAUCAAGGACCGCAAAGUGAAAGCAAAGUCGAUUGUGUUCCACCGGAAGAAGAAUCUGCAGUACUACGAUAUCUCGGCCAAGUCGAACUACAACUUCGAGAAACCUUUCCUGUGGUUGGCCCGCAAGCUGGUCGGUGAUCCGAACCUGGAGUUCGUUGCCAUGCCCGCCCUGCUGCCACCGGAGGUGAAAAUGGAUAAGGACUGGCAAGUGCAGAUCGAGAAAGAUUUGGAAGAAGCACAGGCCACAGCGCUGCCCGACGAGGAUGAGGAUUUGUAAGGACGCGUCACCCGGACGGACGAAGGAUACCUUUUUCGGCGUAUCGCCCUUGUUUGAUUUUGUAACGGUAAUUGGAAGAGAGAGAAGAGCCAGCCAGGUGGUGGCGCACUGUGCUGUGGUGCGUACCAAGACUCACAAUAGCGAAACACGGAACCCGCGGCGUAAGAGGGAUUAGGCAAGACCCAUCGCUUGGAGGAAAACAAAACGGUUAGUUUUGGAUAGGUUUUGCAAAUUAGAAGCAGCAGACAUCAGGAAUGUUUGAGUUUCCCUUUAAUUUUACUAUUACAAUGUACCCGAUGGAAAUGAUCAAGAGAUAAAUCGCGUAAAAUACAGAAGCGCUCGCGCACUUAUUCCAGAAAUGAGAUACGGAAAAUAUAUAAUCUUUGUGUUGUUUUCUUCACUUUUGCGAUAUGAGAA